GGAAGAUGGUAGCCUAACCUAACCUCUACAACUUGUAGAGCAUUACAGAGGAGGUUAUGGACGUCAGGGAAUUGCAGUUGUUGACCGGUGACGUCACGACUUUCUCCUGCACUCAGUUUUGCUACAGGUGACGACAGGUGUUACGGAAUGGCUUCGUAUGAUUUGUUGAAAAAUGUCCAUGAGAACCUGCCGUUACCUGAAACCGGCAAGACUUUUCUAGUUGGAGGUAGCUGCGAGUACUGGCAUUAUGGAUGCGAUAAUUUUAACGAUAAGGGCUGGGGAUGCGGGUACAGAACGCUGCAGACUAUUUGCUCUUGGGUAAGGGAAAAUAAAAUCUCGGAUAAGGUUGUUCCGAGUUUAAGGUGCAUUCAGGAGACGUUGGUUGCGAUGGAAGAUAAAGAGGAAUCCUUUGUCGGAUCCAGAGAAUGGAUAGGAAGUGUUGAAGUGAGCCUUGCAUUGGAUCAGCGGUAUAAUGUUCUUAGUAAAAUUAUUCAUAUACCAAGUGGUAGAGAUCUAGCCAAGCAUGCAGAGACGAUCAAAAAGCAUUUCGAAGAAUUUGGGAGCCCGAUUAUGAUGGGCGGAGAUCGAGACUGUUCCAGUAAAGGAAUUAUGGGGAUUCAUUUUGGGUCGAAAGAGAUAUACUUGCUUAUUGUUGAUCCACAUUUUGUUGGUAAACCAAGAAGUGCCAGGCAACUGCAAGAACAGUUUGUCAAGUGGCAGAAAGUAAAAGAUUUUAUAGAAAGUUCAUUUUAUAAUUUAUGCUUGCCACAAGCUAAGCAUAAUUGUACUAUAUCCGAGGAGAAAUAAAAACAUUUUAAAUAUCUUCGAUAUUCUUUGACCUAAUGUCACUUCUUGUUAUAUAAACUCCAAUGAAAUGUA